GAGAGCUCCCUCCUGCCUUCAGCCUUCCCCAAGGACGGGCACAAUGUGGUCGCUGCGCUUCAUUUCGGCUGAGGCCCUGGUGUCCCACCCCGAGGUGGCCCAGCAGAGCCUGGAUGGUGUGGCCCACAACCUCUACCCGCUCCUGUUCAAAGCCAGCUACUUGCUGGAGCAGGCAGAGGUGAUCCGGGCUCUGCUGGAGCGCUGGCCACUGGAGGAGUGCCGGCUGGGCGCGCUGCUGGGGCCGAGUGCAGACCACUCGGAGGACCUGCGAGACCGGGCCUGCAGGGCCUGCCUGGAGGCCUUCGUGCGGGGCCUUGCGGACCACGUGCUCUGGGCUGGUGGCCGGCAGCGGCUGAGGGUGGCCGACCUCACAGGCGUCCGAGACGUGCAGGUGCAGCGGUGCCCCUGCGGGAAGGCGCUGGGCAGAUGGGGCCGCACCGAGCUGCUGGCCAGGACCUGCUGCGAGCUGCAGGCAGAGCCCCCUGGGGCCCGGUACCCUAUUGAGGUCCUUGCAGAUCUCUUUGUCACCGAGGGCAACUUCAAGGUGGUGAUGCAGGCUCUGGACCCACCACGCCCAGCCCCACUACGUGUGCACUGCCUUUCCUUCCGGGCGGACAGCCUGGGCCCGGGCCAGCUCCUGCACGUGCUGCGUCUGGCCGGGCCGGGUCAGCUGCGCAAGCUGGAGGUGGUGCAUAAUGUGCGGCUGCAUGCCGGCCACGUGCAGCAGCUGCUGGCCCAGGUGGGCUUCCCCAAGCUGACCUCACUCACCCUGCCCGCCAAGGCCUUCGAUGCACCCCCUGCCUGCACUCCACCCCCCAGUGGCGAGGACCCCUUCCUCACCUCCAUCGCCUGGGAGCUCAGCCAGAUGACCCAGCUCACUGAGCUGAGUGUAGCCUUCUCCACGCUGACCGGGAAGAUCCGGAAACUGCUCAGCCCCCUAAGGACCCCACUGAGAGCGCUGGACCUGGCCAACUGCUCCCUGAACCACGCGGACAUGGCCUUCUUGGCCAACUGUGCCCACACCACCCACCUGGAGGUGCUGGACCUCAGUGGGCACAGCCUGGUCAACCUGUUCCCCUCGACCUUCUUCAGGCUGCUAGGCCGGGCUGCCCAGACGCUGCGGGUCCUCACCCUGGAGGAGUGCGGCAUCGAAGACGGCCACGUGAACACGCUGAUCCUAGCCCUGAGCCCCUGCCUUGAGCUCCGCGAGCUCCGGUUCCUGGGGAACCCACUGUCAGCCCGUGCACUGAGGCGCCUCUUCGCUGCUCUGUGCGAGCUCCCCAAGCUGCAAUGUGUUGAGUUCCCAGUGCCCAAGGACUGCUACCCUGAGGGUGCCGCCUACCCCCAGGACGAACUGGCCAUGUCCAAAUUUGACCAGCAGAAAUACGACGUAAUUGCCGAGGACCUGCGUGCUGUGCUUCUGCGGGCUGGCCGAGGCGACAUCCAGGUCUCGACACCCAUCUUCGGAAGUUUCGAUCCAGACAUUCAAGAAACAAGCAAUGAACUUGGAGCUUUCUUGCUGCAAGCUUUCAAAACCGCUCUAGAAAACUUUUCCAGAGCCCUGAAACAAAUGGAAUAGGCCCUCGAAUGGGCGAGGCAGGUCUUGCAUUUCAGUGCUCGGUGCCCUGGGUGUCCCCUGGGUGCGUGGUUGGGCCGAGCAUUCGCACCCCUCACCACCACGAUGCAAAGCAUUUCUUAGUGAAAGGUGUACAUGACAUCUGUUAGGUGCUGUAGGAGAGGACACCCUGGAUUCCAGGAGAUGCAACAUGAGGCCACUUGAGUGUCAGAGCACAAUGGCUAUCCUGGAGCGAGAAAGGCCCAGGGGUCCGGUGCUGUCCACCACUGUGGGCCCUGGGGAACAGAGGGCAGUGUCUUGGUCACGGCGCACUCACUCACUUGAGGGCUGCAUGUGAGGUGCAGGCUGAGCAGGGAGGAAACGGGAGAACCUAUCACAGGACAGUGGUUCCCAAGGGUGCAGGAGGUUAGCAUGUCAGCCCCUCAGGUCUCGGCUGUCUGCAGUGCUGAGGUCUGCAUGAAUGUUUACAGACUCCAGCCCAGCAUGGCACAUGGGCUUUGGUCAAUGGCUUCCGUCUGCUUUUGCACGCUUCGCUCUGCUGGUGCAGGCUGAGUCCCGGGCACAGGGCAAUUUCUGGCUCCAGUUAAAGAACCGAAGGGCCUCCUGGGGAGGCCUCUGUCACGGAGGGAACUCAGGGACUGCAAUGACCCCCACAGCUCUGCUGGCCUCCUGUUUCCCACCUCCACCAGAUCUAGACCCUAGGAGUGGGAGUGGGGCAGGGGGGAAGCGCCUGUGUGUGGUUAUUUGAGUCCUGGCGCUUGAGGAGCCGCUAAUUACAUUUGAACUUGGUUUCUACCAAGAUCUGACUUGUGCAAAGGGCUGAGUAUCAGGAUGAUUAAAUACUAGUAAAACAGAAACGUGGCUUAUUUGGA